GUGAGAGGUAUAACUCGCCUCAUACCGGAUCUGUGUCCUCUCGAACGCGCCGCCGUGCCCCCAAUACGAUCUAUCUUUUGCAGACCUGCGACCGUCACCAGUGAACGAGCCAACAAGGAUAACGUGCGCAGCCAUGGAUGACUCUAUCGACCCCGAAUCCAUCACCCCCCCUGCCCGCGCCGGUUCUCCCUCUCCAUCGGUUCCAGCAACGCCGGCCAUCUCUUCCUGUCCAUCGCCAGACCGGACCUUUUCGUCUCUCUCCUCGCUCUCGGCCUCGUCUGCUACCUCUGCAGAUGCCAGGUCGUCGAUUUCGACCGCCUCCAAGCGACGGGGCUACAUCCGCACCCAAGGAGCCGAAUUCGCAGAUUCAGCCAAGAACCGAGAGAGUGUGAUGAGCCUGGGUAGCAUCGCGCAUCUGCAAUACUACUUUGCGCGGACAGGCUUGCUGGAUGGGAAGGGCGGUCAGGCCCGUGCAUACAAGAAAAAGAAGAAGGAUCCAGAAGAGCUUCCCAGGCUGCUGCUGACCCCCAAUGCCCGGUUCAUCGAGGAGUUGACGGUGAGCCCUACGGAGGAAGAAAGCAUCGAUCCCCGCGAUUCCGGCUUUGAGGACGAUGGGUCCGAGAUGGAUGAGGACGUCGAGGUGAUGCUUCCACCCACCGUGAGCACGUACAGUAUCAAGACGCACCAUAUCCCGUCCCCACCGAAACUAAAGGCGCUGCGGAAAGACCUGAUGGAGGCGAUGGAGAAGGCCGACCGCGCGAUCAAUUCCCUCGACACCCAGAAGGAUCCACCGGCGGAAAUGAUUCCGCCCCGCAUCAGUUUCUCAUCCAACGAACCCGGCGACAGCGAAGAUGACUCAACACCACAGCCUCCUCCGGAGGCAGUACCUCAAACAUGGCAGGAGAUCCAGGGCAUGCGUGUCCUGGAUGCUGUCACCUUAGCCAUUCGGGCUGCGAAGAUCUACUACACCGCACAUGAGCGUCCUGAGCGACUGGCAUCAAUCAAGGACAAGCGGGAGAUCCGAAAGGAGCUCUUCAGUGUGCUCGAGGUGAUGAAGCGAUGGGCCGCUCGGAACUUUGCCGACGGGCUUCGCGAGGACGAGCGUACCGCCAUUAUAGGCUGGAUGGGAAACGUACGCGACAUGCUGGCGCGGGAAGCUCAGCUGGAAUCAUUUGAAGCCAAAGAGCGAGCUGCAUGGAUCUGGACGGAAGGGGAGUGGACAGGCAAGGAGCGGGACCGGGAGACGUUGUUCCUGCGUAGCCUGAUCGGCGCCGACGCGCAGCUGCCCGCAUGGACCGCUCCGGAGGAUAACUCACCGCCGCCUGCCAUGCUGGAGCGUCUGCGUGACGGCCGAGACCUGGUGCGGGCCCAUAAUUUCGCGAUCAAAAAUUCCAAGCGGCCGGUCUUCGACAUCAAGACGUACCAUCAGGAUGUCGGGAAGCCAUAUCGCAUGGCAGAGAACCUGCGAUUCUGGAUCAAGGCGGCUGAGCUACGAUGGGAAACUAAGCUGGAGAUCGACGUGAUGGGGGUGGUACAGGGCAAUAGCGACGAGGCUUGGAAGCAGUUCGACACCGCUCUGCUGUCCUGGUGUAGGGUAGUCCGCGAAGAGCUGGUGCGGGAUUGGCGGGAGCGGCGAGCUUCGGCUGCCAGCCUUCCUAGUGACGAUCUGGUGAUCCGUCCUUUGUGAUAGGAGGUGCUCGGUCGUCAAUUGUGAUCGAUCUUGGUCACGAAUAGGAAGAGAGGGGGCUUGUUUUUUGGGGGGAAAGGGGA